UUACAAUAGUUUCGCGCUCAGCCCUCGAAGUAUAAAAUAUCAGCUCUAAAAUAAAUCAUCCAGUUUAAUAUUUAAUAGUAGAUCUUUAGAAAAUUGUUGUAGACUGUAUGUGCAUUCGGCAUUCACCAGUUUCCCAAAUAAAUUCAUGAAACCAAAAGAUUAUAAGAUGUAUAUUAAUAUUGUAGUGUUUUUAUUAUAAACUUUUCAGACUAACAUUGAAGGAGAUAGAGCUUUUGAAGUGUCCCCGGACCUGGUUUUAGCAGACUUGAGGACUGUUGGGGACAUGAGGGCAGUGACAUACCAGUGUGCAAAAGAACCAGAUGAAAUACCUUUGGAGUCUGGAAAAAGCUCUGCUGCUGUCUUGAAUGCUUUUAAUAUCCUCAUGGAUGGAGAAAAGGUCAACAUUAAACAGAAGACUACCUGUCACAACAGGAAGGAUGAGCUAUACAAUGAUGUGGUCAAGCUCAUGACACAGAAGAACCUCAAAAUGCCCAAAUGGAGUGUUUCAGACGAAGGGGAAUAUGUAGUUCAGGUGAUCACCAGUGCUCUUUGGUGUCUGACAAAUCACCAUCUUACCAUAAAUGAUGCGGCUAAAACGUCUAAGGAUGUCAUAGAAGUGCCAAAACUGUUUGAAACAUUUCAAGGUUAUAAUGACUUCAAAAGAAAAAAACUGAAAAGUCAGCCACUUUCACAAGAACUGUGUGACAGUCAUGGAAAUGCAUCAAUGAAUAUUGUAACAAGGCCUGUUUUCCACAGUGAUGUACAUUGGCAGCAGUUCAGGGAAGAUAUUGACAAUCUUGCAAGCUGUUUUGCUCACUAUAAAAUGUAUUUAGAGAAUAGAUUAAAAAAUCAAACUCUCAGACAGGGUCAGUUAAACCCCCCUAGAACUGUUGGAAAUGACAUCUCUGUAGAAUUUCGGGCCAAAACUCCUUAUGUGUAUGAGAAAUACAAGUUGUUUGAUGAGGAAAUAAAAAAUUGUGACUUUUUGAAGCCUGUACUCUUUGAUGAAAAUGUACAUCUUACUACACCCUUUGAAAAUAGAAUGCAAAUGAAAAGGUUCUUUGAUAACUUAAGUCUAUCUGUUAAUGUUGAUCUGUAUAGAUACUGUCCGGGAGGAGGUGUAUCUACAAUUAUGUUUGUAGCUAAAGUUCCAGAGAACAGGUCUGAUAAUGAUGCCCAUAUUCACCCUGUCAGAGUCAUUGCUCAGAUUAAUGACAAGUUACCAGAGUACCAUACAAGGGCAAUGAAAAGAGAGUUUAGACAAAAAAUGAAUCUCAUUGCUAAAAUUCAGCCAGGAGUUCUUGAUUUUGUGUACAAAGAACUGGCCCUGGAUGCAUCUGUUGCCACAAACCCUGAAAUGCAGCAAAGAAUAAAAUUGAUUUCACUAGGUGAAUCUGGCCUUGUUGCUGAUCUGAGAGAACUUAACACUGGCCGUCCAUCAGACAAAUUUGAUGUCUUCUUUGAAAAACUGGAGGAGGUUGUGGAGGACGUAACUGCAGCAGAUGAAAGGCGGCAUGGGGUUUCACAUUUGAGCCACUGGAUAUCCCUUGGUGAUUUAAUUGGGCAAGCUGCUGAAAAAUGUCCAGAAGGGACCCUGGUACCAUCUAAAAGUCUUGUGCGUCUUCAAUUCACACCACGCAAUCCAUACACUCAUGCAGCAUUGAAUUUUACAAGUCGUCUAUCUGUCCAGUACAAGAUACAGAGGCGACAGCUAUGA